AUGUUUGCACUACCAAAAGAAGCAGAGCAGAAAAUAGAGAGAAACCGCUUCCUCAUGGACAUGGUUGGCAGCGGAGCCCUGGAGAUCAUAGUGGUCUCUACACAAGAUGCAAACUACAUCGCGUCAAUGCAGAUACUUCUGGAUCUGCGGAAUAUAUUCCAAAAGCAGCUGCCUAACAUGCCAAAAGAGUAUGUCACGCGGCUGCUCUUUGACAUGAAGCACCGGUCGAUGGCAAUAAUUGAGAAAAAAGAAAACAAAGUCGUUGGGGGAAUAUGCUACCGCCUGUUCUACGAAGACUCGUUUGCUGAAAUAGUCUUCUGUGCAGUGAACAGCGACUCGCAAAUCAGAGGAUACGGAGAGUUCAUGAUGUCCAUGCUGAAGAAAACAGUUGCUUCUGAUUUUGCAGAGACAGCCGCGAUGAAAAAAGAAGAGUUUAGCGGCCCAAUCUAUCUGCUUACGUACGCAGACAACUACGCAAUAGGAUAUUUCAAGAAGCAGGGGUUUACAAAACAGAUCACAUUCAUAAACUGGAAGGGCAGAAUAAAAGACUACGAGGGCGGCACUCUCAUGCAGGGCAAGAUUCUGCCGGAAGUAGAGUACAAAGACAUAUACAAAAUGCUGAUAGAGAGAAGAGAAAAGCUGCAGAAAAUUGCAAAAAAAGCAUAUCCCGGCAUGCACAAAGAGUACGUGCUCCCAGACAGCGCAAAGAAGGUCGAAGAGAUUCCAGGGCUGCUAGAGGCAGGCUUUACAAAGAAAAUAGAGAAGUCUUUGGAGUGCAAAGGAAGCUUGAAAGAGCUUCUUCUGUAUCUGUGCUAUGAGCUGAAGAGACACAACACAUCCUGGCCUUUUUUGGAGCCUGUCAACAUGGAAGACGUGCAGGACUACUACACUGUGAUAAAGCACCCAAUGGACUUCCAAACCAUCCAGAGGAAAAUAGAAGCAGACCAGUACAAAACCUUUGAAGAAAUGGACUCAGACGUGCAGCUGAUAAUCAACAACUGCUACACAUACAACCCUGCAGGCUCCCAGUAUGCCAAAUGCGCCAAGUCACUCAACGAUUUCUACCAAGACAAAGUCCAGUGGUGCAGACAAGCCCUCUCCCAGAGGAGAUAG